AUGACGACCAAGCCGUCACACUUGAGAAGGCAGCCUUUGCGAGUUCACGAUGAUGACAGAACUAAUGCUGCCGAGAUGACCUUGCGUCAAUCUCUGUUCCCGAUUUGCCUUGUUACGGUUCUCUUCUUUCUUUGGGGAUUUUCUUACGGGUUGCUCGAUACUUUGAACAAGCAUUUCCAAAACACUCUGCACAUUGACAAGUCGAGAUCUGCCGGCCUUCAGGCAGCCUACUUUGGUGCAUACCCCCUGGCUUCUCUUGGUCAUGCGGCCUGGAUUUUACGUCAUUUUGGCUACCGUGCCGUCUUUAUCUGGGGCCUCUGUCUCUACGGUAAGCUAAAACACUCAUACCGAUGUGCUCCUCGAGGAUCAAAUGUUGAACCAGAUACCACAGGUGUUGGAGCAUUGCUCACCAUUCCUGCUAUCAAAUCGCACAGUUUUGGGGGAUUCUGCGCUUGUAUUUUCGUCAUCGGCAACGGCCUAGGAUCACUCGAGACAGCUGCCAAUCCGUAUAUUACCGUGUGCGGACCCCCAAAAUAUGCUGAAAUCAGAAUCAAUAUCUCCCAGGCUUUCAAUGGUAUAGGAUCCGUAGUCGCACCCGUGAUGGGAUCGUACGUGUUUUUCACAUUCAACGAUCAAGAUGCGCUGCGCAAUGUGCAGUGGGUUUAUUUGGCGAUUGCGGCGUUCGUCUUUACCUUGGCUGCAAUCUUCCUGUUUGCCCGCAUACCCGAAAUCACCGAUGCGGACAUGGAAUUCCAGGCCGCAGAAGCCCACGCAGUUGACAACGAUUUGCCUUUCAAAAAGCAAUACAGGCUGUUCCAUGCUGCCUUUUCUCAGUUCUGUUAUACGGGUGCUCAAGUUGCUAUUGCCACCUAUUUCAUUAACUAUGUUACGGAUACGAGACAGGGUACUAGCAAUGCGAAGGCUUCUCAGUUCCUGGCUGGUGCCCAAGGCGCAUUUGCUGUCGGCCGAUUUGCCGGCGUUGGUCUAAUGAACUGCUUCAAACCUAGGGCGGUAUUUGGCGUCUACCUGACGCUUUGUAUGGUCUUCAUUGCGCCAACCAUUACACAAAGGGGCAACACUGGACUCGCAUUGCUAUAUGUCACACUCUUCUUCGAGUCCAUCUGUUUCCCAACCAUCGUGGCUCUGGGUAUGAGAGGUCUUGGCCGUCAUACAAAGCGCGGGUCAGGGUAUAUUAUUGCAGGUGUUCUGGGCGGUGCUGUUGUUCCACCUCUGACUGGUCAUGUUGCAGAUAUGCACUCGACCGCGACGUCCAUGGUUGUGCCCUUGUGCUUCUUUUUCGGCGCAUGGUCAUAUGCGCUGGCAGUCAACUUUGUACCAUGGUACAAAGACACCAUUGAUGCGUAUGCCGUCACUGAAGUUGGCGUGGGGCCGACCAUUGCUGUUGCUCAAGAUGUAGAGAUGCAGAAGGGUGUGGGUGAGGACAGAGGCGGUGACGACUGA